GGUAAGUCAGUCCGACCAGGAGGAAGACAACGAGAUUUGUGCAGGUAAUCGUUUGAAGCAGGCGGAAGGGGCUGCAGGGUUUAAGCGUAGCUCUAUCUGUGAAGAGAAAAUCCGCCUUUCGUGUUUUUUUUUGCAGUUAUACCCUCGCCGCUUGACUGCCGUGUCCAGCGAAGGGACGGAACAUUCCUCUGAGUAUCCGCUUCCGGCCGGAGCGCGGGGCGGUGCCAACCCGGAGAUGGCAGCCGUGUGGCGGCGUGUCUUCUCUUCGGCGGCAGCUGGUGACCGAAUCGGGCUUUGGGCACGGCUCCGGGACUCCAGAGCGGGUUUGUGGACGCAGAGUCUACUUAUUGAUUACCGAGAGGCAUGUAAGGAGCUCUUUGUGGGAGCCAGGGAUAGCCCAGGCAAAGCAGCCUUCUAUGGCCUGCUCCUGGCAGGAGCAGGCACCUGCGCCUACAACAGCCCUACAGACAAAUCCUUCCAAGCUGCACUGUUGGAGUCGUCAAACCAACUGCUGCUCCUCUCCCCCUGGGUUCGGAGUGGUCGAGCGGACCACCACAUCCAGAAGCUGAUCACGAUGCAGAAUCAGGGCCGUCUCCGUCACCAGAGCCUAGUCCUCUUCUCCCUGAUGUACGCAGCUCCCUAUGAUGCAGACACCAGCAUCUACGAUGCACAGUGCAAGUACCUUGUGCCACGCUGGUCAGACUUCCCAAGCAGGGUUUUAGAUGUUGGGUUUCUUGGCAGGUGGUGGGUACUUGGCUCAAAGAUGAAAGACUGGGACAUCAAUGAUGACGAGUUUGCCCACUUGCCCUCUGAGCUCCAAAAGGUCACCCCUCAGAAUCUUCACUCAGCUGAGAACGAGAGACUGUUUGAGUUAAAGUUCCAGCCUGUUGUUCUUCAGGAGGAGGACACACAGGAGAGAGGAAGCAGCUGAUAGGCACUGCAUGUGCGGGAAAGGAGCUGAGGGCUGCUGCACAGUGAAACAACACACCUACUUGUAUCUUCAAAUAGAACAGCACAGAGACAGGCCCUUUGGCCCACCAGGACUCUGCUGACUAUGGUGCCAAACUGUAUGUGGUCUGUAUCCCCCCCCCCCCACCCCCCCCAUUCCCAGACCAUUUGUGUGUCUAAAUGCCUCGUAAGUUCUGCACCUUUGUUGGUAAAGUUCGAUGGCGCACUGCUGUAAGAUUAUUUACAAAAUAAACAGUAAUAAAGAGAUUGUGUUGCAAUGUUGUGAACCUACUCUGAAGCACCCUACCGAACACCGCCCCACUAAAGGCUGUUGAACAAGUGAAUUCUGUCAUCCCU